AAAAAAAAACGCAAUUAUGCGCGGUUUAUUCUCAUUGAUUGUGACCAUCGCGGUCUCCUCGCCCUCGCUAGCUAUUGCUUCCUCAUUAUCGGACCUUGCGCUGGGCAAAGUCCUGCAGGAUGCUUCCCCCAUCUUCGGGGACUAUGUCAAGAAAUCGCACGGCAAGGCAACCUGGAUGAAGGCCUACUCGGAUGAUACUCUGCUGGUGCACAUGAACAUACCAGGUACACAUGAUAGCGCGACCUGGAACUACACACAAGCUACCCAGGAUGCUCUUGAAAGCAUCACCGCCCUGAACCAGGUGACAGCUCCUGUGCCGGAGACUUUCCGAUGCCAGGAUGUCUCAUUCAUUGAAAUGCUUGAUAAAGGCAUCCGGGCAUUCGACUUACGCUAUGCUUUUGAUCCCACCAAUACCACGCUCAUUUUUUACCACUCCCAGGCCUUGCUUUCUGAGACUGGAACGGUUGACAACGUGCUUUUUGCGUUCUACAAGUGGCUUGAUGAUCAUCCAUCAGAGACUAUCUUUUUGUCCUUUCAAUAUGAAGGGUCAACGGCGCUAUAUGCUUCCAACGACGCAGCGGUGCAGAUGCACCUCUAUAAUGCUUUAACAUCAGAAGCUGCACAUCGUUAUUUUCUUCAUGUGAACGGUGAACUCGGGACGUUGGGCAAGGCCCGCGGAAAAAUCAUCCUCAUGCGACGGUUUGACCUUGAUCAAUUACCCGCAUCCUACACAGAUGCCCUCCCAGGACUCCAUUUUUCCCCCAGCCUGUGGACGGAUAACGGCCUAGACAUUGCACUGGUGUACAACACAGAGAAGAAUUUAACUGCCUACAUUGAGGAUUACUACCAGCCCUUGACGCCAAUGGGCUCUAGUGCUGCCGAAAAUAUCCGCUGGAAGUACAACGCCACGACUGCCCACCUCACCAAGGCUGCUACCACGCAUCCCAAUAGCCUGUUUUGGACUUGGGCGUCAAGUGAAAACACGGAUAAUGUCCCACAAGUCUGGCCAAGCAUCAUGGCUGUUGGAAAUGGGACAGCUUAUACACCCGACGGCGGUGUCAAUCAGCAGCUAGUGCCAUUCCUCAAGCAGCACAAGGGUAAGCGUAUGGGGAUUGUGAUGUUCGACUUUUUCGAACAGCCUUCAGAUCUUAUCGACACUUUCCUCAGUCUUUAGAAUAUCCAACAUGUACAUUAUACCGCAGAUUAGCAAAGAGUCACCGUGAUACUAUAGGUGGAAGGCAUGUAUAAUGUAGAGCAUAUAUAACCACAAUUGUGAUUGACCAUAUAGCCUGAAGACAUGAUCAAACUCAUUCCAUAUAUGUUACUUGUGCUGUUUAUAGUACAUGCCAAAUGUACUCCGUACUUAUCAAGUACCAAUCAUCUAUAG